UGCUCAAAACCUCCUCCUCUUCUUCUUCUUCCUUCUCCUCCUCCUCCUUCUCUUCCUGCUCCUUCUCUUCCUGCUCCCCUUCCUUUUUCCCAUCUGCAGCUUCCUGUGGAUUACCCUUACAUCUACUCAACAUGGGUGUCGCAUACAGCGUUGGAGAGGUGGACCAUCUUUACACAUUUUUUGUACAGUGGUCACCAGAUAUCUACACCAAGGGCUCCAAAAACCCGGGCUUCAUUGUGGUGGAGGAUGACCAGCUUGCAGUGAUUGACAGCCUGCACGAGAAAUCUAUCCACAAAACCUGGGAGAUCAUCACUGCUAAAGACCAGAAGCGCAGACAAAGCUUAUGUAGCUCAGAAGAUGAACAGCCUGAAGAUCUACUGCCCCAGCUCAGAGAGCACAGCCAAAUACUACAGGAUCAACACCUUGAAAGACUGGUCGCCCACCUACCUGCUCGAACUCAAGGCUAUCCAUGGCGACUGGUGUACAGUACAACUGUGCAUGGCACCAGCCUCAGAACGCUCUACAGGAAUAUGGCAAGCGUAGACAGGCCUGUGCUCUUAGUCAUCAAGGACAUGGAAAACCAGGUGUUUGGUGCUUUCUCCUCCCAUUCGUUCCGAGUGAGUAACAGCUGCUAUGGCACAGGAGAGACUUUCCUCUACAGCUUCAGUCCAGAGUUUAAGGUGUUCAGCUGGACAGGCAAGAAUUCCUACUUUGUGAAGGGUUUCAUGGACUCUCUACAGUUAGGAGGAGGCGGAGGGCCUUUUGGACUCUGGUUGGAUGCUGAUCUGUGCCGUGGCUCCAGCUAUACGUGCCAAACAUUUCACAACCAACCUCUCUCCACCCACCAAGACUUUUUCGUGCGGGAACUGGAGGUGUGGACAUUCGAGUGAGAACAGAGAUCACUAUCACCGUUGCUGACUGCGAAUAGUACUAAAAGACUGAGAUGAUGGUUGUGAAAACUAACUCGGAACACAAAGAGGGGGUUUUUAGCCGUGUUUUUAAGUUGUUUGCAACCACUGGUUGGACAUGCCAAUUGUAGCAGCUGAGCACAGAAGAGAGCUGACAGGGCAUUCUAACAUCAAAUCCUUUUUAUACUCUAGAUUUCUCCAGAUGUUCAGACACAAUCCCUCAAGGUACCUUACAGUAACGGUAAACUGUGAGGCCGAAGCGGGUUACUACUCGCUUCUGGAACCACUGCACACUACAAUUGUGUCUACUUUGCACUAAAUUCCAGUGGUGCCUUAGCUAGCUGACAAUAAAAGAUCUGAGAAUUGUUUUGACACUCCCAUACUUAUUUUCCACACUGAGGUUGUCCGUAGAUGUGUCUUGCGCAUUUCCUGUGUGUCAUUUUCUAUGUAUUAUUUAAAAGCAUUCCUUGGAUGAGGUUUCAGUCCAGGAAUUCUAUUUUUAUACCUUAUCCUCCUUUAGUGAUCAUUGUCUACCUGUAUAAUGUUUUACAGUGUUAGCACUAUUGAUCCAAAUAAAAGGAGAUCCUGAUAACAAUGA